CAUGGAGGCUCCCUGUCAGGGGCCCAGGGCCCUCGGGUUUCUUCUUGCAAUGCAUGACCUGCUUCCCUCACCCGCAGAUCGUGUCCUUCUACACAAGGCCGUUGUCUACACGUGUGUGUGUGUGGGGGGGCUGAGGAGGUCAGGGAUUGUAGUUCUCUGGGCUUUGAGCCCAAGCCUGCUGCCUUAAUCCAAUUUGCACUCUCUGUUCUGAGCUAAUUGAUCCCCUGACCGGCUGGCUUCCCAGAUCACUUGUUUCGCUUCUUUCGAGGAGCAUCAGGAGGAGGCAGGCGGCCAUCUUACCUGCCUCACUUGGUCUCUUUCUUUGGGGUAGGAAAGGGGGCAGCCAGGCGCCUCCCCUCGGCUUUGCUGCAGGCGCGUCUUGAUCUUGGAGCUUCUCUCACUCAUCCACUUUCUGAGUCUCCCCUGGGUCAACGCUGUCCCCUGCCCUUGAUUCAGCCUUCUGCCAGUGCCAGGAUGUUCGACUGGAUUGAGAAGGUGGUACCCCAGCCUCCUGUGAAAAUCCAUGUUUCUGUGGUGGGAGAGAAAGAUGCACCAGUGGAACAGAGUGUAGCUGUGGACGGACCAGAACUUGCCAAGAAGCUGCCAAAAGGAGACUGCUGCAAUCCAGCAGAAGCGUCCAUCCCAGAAGAAGGCCUGGGCACCAUGGACCUGUGGCUGCCGAGGGAAAGGGCUGGCCAGGGGCUGCUCUUCUGGCUCUCCCAGAGGCUGCAGAAGACGAUCCCACAGCUGCCGGAGAGCUCCCAGGUCCUGGAGGCCAGCAUUGAUAUUCCAGAAGAGAUGGAAAUCCAAAGCUUCCAUGAAGAAGAGGAGGAAUUAGCCAUUACGGUCCUUGAGUCAGAAGAAGAGUCUGAAGUGCAGUCCAGCAGUGACAGCAACACCCCAGAUAACACCAAUGGGGGGAAAGUAUUUACUUGGCUGAUGGAAGGAUUUGAAAAAUUAAUGCCUCAGCCAGAGAACAGGAAAAAAACCGAGGAAAGGAUCCCAGGAAGAGCUGCUGAAGCUGAUUUAAAAGGGAGCGGUCGAGUGACGUCGCAGAGUGACCCUCUCCCAGGCAGUCCUCCCAGUUCCACUGGAGCAAUGAAUGGAACCUCUGACAAGCAGUCCUACCUCAGCCUUCCUCUCUUUCCACAGAGACCUGGAGGCAACGGAGCCCAAAGCCUGUUCAAGUGUUUCCUUCAGGGACUGGAGAAAGUGAUGCCCCAGCCUGUCACUAAAGCAAAACAAGAUGGGCAGCAAACGAAGAGCACAGUCCAGGGCCGAGAAGAAGAAACAAGCAAAGGGGCUUAGCACCCCUGAAACAAAUGGACACGGAUGGUUUUGGAGAUCUCUUUUCAUGAACCAAGUGAAGCCAGCCUGACUUUUGGGGGUGCAUAUUGAGUCAGAAUCAUGAAAAACCAGAGUUCAAAGGGUUUCUUUUCCAAAAUAAAAUAAAGUAAACCUUAUAGCA